AUGUUGUGGAAGAUAACCGAUAAUGUCAAGUACGAAGAGGACUGCGAGGACCGCCACGACGCGAGCAGCAAUGGGACCCCGCGUAUCCCCCACCUCUCCUCGGCGGGGCAGCAUCUCUACAGCCCCGCGCCGCCGCUCUCCCACAGCGGAGUCGCCGAGUACCAGCCGCCGCCCUACUUCCCGCCUCCGUACCAGCAGCUGGCCUACUCGCAGUCGGCCGACCCUUACUCGCAUCUGGGGGAAGCCUACGCUGCCGCCAUCAACCCCCUGCACCAGCCCGCGCCCGCCGGCAGCCAACAGCAGGCCUGGCCCGGCCGCCAGAGCCAGGAGGGCGCGGGCCUGGCCUCGCACCACGGGCGCCCGGCCGGCCUGCUCCCGCACCUCUCGGGGCUGGACGCGGGCGCCGUGAGCGCCCGCAGGGACGCCUUCCGCCGCUCGGACCUGCUGCUGCCGCACGCUCACGCCCUGGACGCCGCGGGCCUGGCCGAGAACCUGGGCCUCCACGACAUGGCGCACCCGAUGGAGGAGGUGCAGAACGUGGACGACCCGCACCUGCUGCUGCACGACCAGACCGUGAUCCGCAAAGGUCCCAUUUCAAUGACCAAGAACCCCCUGAGCCUGCCCUGUCAGAAGGAGCUGGUGGGAGCCGUGAUGAAUCCCAGCGAGGUCUUCUGCUCAGUCCCAGGAAGAUUGUCCCUGCUCAGCUCCACGUCCAAGUACAAAGUGACCGUGGCUGAAGUGCAGAGGCGACUGUCGCCGCCGGAAUGCCUCAACGCCUCGCUGCUGGGGGGCGUUCUCAGAAGAGCCAAGUCUAAAAAUGGAGGCCGGUCCUUGCGGGAGAAGCUGGACAAGAUUGGGCUGAACCUCCCGGCCGGCAGGCGGAAAGCUGCCCACGUGACUCUGCUGACAUCCUUGGUGGAAGGCGAGGCCGUUCAUUUAGCUCGGGACUUUGCCUACGUCUGCGAGGCUGAAUUUCCCAGUAAACCGGUGGCCGAGUAUUUAACCAGACCUCAUCUGGGUGGACGGAACGAGAUGGCCGCUAGGAAGAACAUGCUGCUGGCGGCACAGCAGGUGUGUAAAGAAUUCACUGACCUUCUCAAUCAAGACCGCACGCCCAACGGGAACAACAGGCCCACCCCGGUCCUGGAGUCCAACAUCCAGAACUGCUUGUCCCACUUCAGCCUCAUCACGCACGGCUUCGGGAGCCAGGCCAUCUGCGCCGCCGUGUCUGCCUUGCAGAACUACAUCAAGGAAGCCCUGACUGCCAUAGACAAAUCCUACCUGAACCCCGCAGACCAGAGUCCAGCCGAUUCGAACAAAACCCUGGAGAAAAUGGAGAAGCACAGGAAAUAG